ACAGGCUGACGCACCGCACAGGUAUUUAAUCACAGGACUAGACGGAAGAUUGAAAGAACAGGGAGGCCAUGUUGGAUUUUCAGUGAACUCCUCAUGUGACCCCGGACAUCAGAAAUGGACCCGUUCCGCAAAGCCCAGAUUAUCCUAUUGUGUGACGUCUGUAAAACUGCCCACCUACAGAGUCACUGUGAACGCUGUGAUAUAAAUCUAUGCCAGACCUGUGUUGGGAAGCACCUCUCGGAUUCGUCUAUAAGACACAAUGUCGUACCCUAUAAAUACAGAAAGUCUCUUAACUACUCAAAAUGUCCAGACCACGCCGACGAACUCUGUAAACAUUACUGUGAGAAAUGUGACAUUCCUGUCUGUUCUACCUGCGCCUCCUCAAGUGAACAUGAAGGUCACGAUACAUCAGAUAUUCUGGAAAAACUCAACUCUAAAACAGAAAGUUUACAGAAAGAUCUGGAAGAACUCGAGACCAGAAUUUACCCGCGAUAUGAAGAAAUGGCGUCCGAUGUUCAAACUGAAAAAGCCGAAUUAGAAACAAAUUACGGAGAACUGACAAUAAUUGCCGAUCAACAAGGAGAAAUCUUACACCGGGAAAUCACCGCCAUUGUCAACCAGCGGAAAUCCGACAUUCAGGAGAUGAAAAACAAACACCUAUCUACCCUGAAUAAAAAUACAGAUGAAAUCACACAGAAAAUGGCGGAACUCAAACAGAUCAUGUCCGACUUGAAAUAAAUCCUAAAAUCAAAUGACGUCUCUUUAACCUCUACUUACAAAUCUAGGAAUUCCGAAUUUAGAACAUUACCACCUAAAGUCCGAGUUACAGUACCCAGUUUGUCUGUUCAGAAAAUAAACAAAGAUCAGCUCAAUGAAAUGUUUGGUUCUCUGCCGCCAUUAUCCAUUACCACAGACCAUGGAGACACAAUGAAAUCAGCAGAAGCUGUAUCGUCUCCUCCAGUCAAACCACUGCUUGAUCAGCCGCGAGUCACCGCCACCAUAGACACUGGGUAUGACUAUCUAUACAGUGUUAGCUGCCUGAGUGAAGAUCAAGUCUGGACACGCGGGAAUAACGAAACCAUGAAGCUGCUCAACCUCCAGAGUAAACUACUUACAUCAAUACAAACCAAGUCAGGGGACUGGCCGCGGGACAUAGCAGUGACACGGGACGGAGAUCUUGUUUAUACUGACUAUAAUGAUAACACCGUGAACUUAAUUAAGAAUAAACAGAUACAGACCGUAAUCACACUACAGGGGUGGUACCCUCUUAAUGUCUGCAGCACCGCCUCUGAUGACAUCCUGGUUACCAUGGUCAGUGAUGAUAGAAAAAAAUCCAAAUUCGUGCGUUACUCCGGCUCCACAGAGAAACAAAGCAUUCAGUUUGAUGAUCAGGGUCGUCCUCUCUAUUCAUCUGAUAUAAACACUAAAUACAUCAGGGAGAACAAGAACCUGGAUAUCUGUGUGGCUGACUGUAGGGCUAAUGCAGUAGUGGUGGUCAAUCAGUCAGGAAAACUCCGAUUUAGAUACACUGGUCAUCCCUCUAAUACCAAGCUAUCAUUUACUCCAGUCGGCAUCACUACAGACAGCCAGAGUCACAUCCUGACAACAGACCAUGAGAAUGACCGUAUCCACAUCCUAGAUCAGGACGGACAGUUCCUUCGUUACAUUCACUGUGAAUUAGACACUCCAUCAGGUUUAUGUGUGGACAUCAGAGACAACCUCUUUGUGGCUGAGUAUCUCCCUGCUAAAGUGAAGAAAAUCCAAUAUCUAUAAACACAGUGUUAAUUACACAUCUCUACAGUGUUAAUUACACAACUCUACAUAGUGUUAAUUACAUGUCUGAAACAUGUUCAUUACAUACCUUUACAGUAGUAAAUAAACUCAAAGUUGGAGUCGGUAGUUUUAUCUGUAAAGGUCUAGAAUGUAAACAACAGCCACCAAGCUUCACUAGUGUAGUUACGCUGGUCGUUUACAUUUUACAACUGUUGUACACCGCCGACUCCUGUGGUUGACAUUUCAAAAGUGUGUGGAGUGGGAAGAUCAGACCACUGAUAUUUUAAAAUGAUAAUUUUUAUCAGCUAGAUAAUUUACGGUGGCGGAUCUAGUGGGUGGGCUUUAUUUGAACAUUAUCAACCAAAAAUUGUCAUUAAUUUGUUUGUUAUUUUGCGGUCUUCGAUUCACCUCCCCUUUUGGGAGAAAUUUCUGGAUCCGCCACUAAUGUCUAUAAGAGUUGUCUUUCUUUAUGAAGCAGAAGACACUUGCUGUGAAAACGGAAAUGGAUGCCGAGUCUGAAGGACUGAAUAUAUUGUCUGGUUACUUAUCUAUAUUCAUUGUUAUUGCUUCUCAAAAGUAAGUACCCCAUACACAUAUAAUCAGCAUUAAUGAAAAUGUAUUCCUCCAUCUUAUUUUUCUUAAUAAUUAUUAUUUUCCCAAAACAAAUGGGCUGUAAUAAGCAACAUAGACUGUAUACCCAUUAUUUAAUUAUAUGUAAUUAUUUAUUUUAAAGGCAUACACGCUGAUACCAAAUUAUUUUUUUUUUUCGUGUGAAUUUAAACCAAUCUAAAUUUACAUACAUCUUUAUAUAGAUAAAAUACAAAUCUUCACCAAAAUUUGCUAAUUAAAUCCUAGAGAUUAAAUGAAAAAAAAAACAGAAAUGAAACUAUUACAAAUAGACAGCUGUUCUCGUGAAUAUUCAGGAAGCCGGAGUUCCUUUGACCGCUAUGCGCAUGUGCGCGGGAAAACUAACACAAUGAUUGAAGAUGGAAGACGAGGUAAGAAUUGUGUGCAGUGUUGUUUUCAGUAAGAAUAAUGUAUAAAAUGACCAAUUCAAUUGACAGAUAAGCUAUUUUCCAUUUGUAUGUUCUUUAUUAGUACGAGAAUUGAGGCACUCCCCAAGCAAAAUAUGUUUUAGAUGGAAAUAAACGUUCGUAUAAAUGUUGUUACCGGGUAUGGGGCCAUGGGAGGGGGAAUUGUAAGAGACCGAUUAUAGCUAUGCGAUAUUUUUAUGAAAUGUAAAUAUCUUAUAUGCUUUUGUGUGUAUUUUAUUAUAUUUUUGAAUGAUUUAUUACUUGGAGAAAUAAAAAAAAAGUUUAUUAAAGCACGAUCAAGUGUUAAUUCCCUCUCCGUAUGUAAAUUUUUGUAUAUGUGUGUGUGUGUUUGUAAACUCUUAUAGUCUAUAGCUGCUUAAAGGUAGUAACAAUUUUUUUCUUGCUUCAGUUUUUUAUAUCAUUACAACAAAUACCAAAGUUAUGUAGCCAAUGCCUGCACAUAAUAUAGAGAUGUUGAUUCAUGACUGGCAUAUUUAGAGUUACAUGUAUGAUACUAUCUAUCAUUUAUAAAUAUCAUCCUAAGUUAACAAUGUGUAGAAAACAAAUUAUUUUGUACUUGUGAUAUUGUAGAUAAGUUCAAGUGCAACUCCAAGUCCUGAGAGACGGCUACGUCCAAGACAACAGAGGAGAGUGGAAAUGAGCGACACAAGCUCAACUUCUAGUCCUGUUAGGCGUGGAG